GAGUAGGAAGUGGAAGAAAAAGAAGGAGAAGAAGAAAAAGGAAGGAGGAGAAGAAGAGGAAGAAGAAGAGGAAUAAAAAGGUGACGGUAGUAGGAUCAUCAGAGAUGGAAGAUACAAGGUGAUGAAUAAAGCGCAGAGAUCCCAAUGAUAUCUCGGCGAGGUGGAAGCGAGGGGUGUAAAGGUCCACCCAGUAGUCCGCCGAGUAGCGGUUCCGAGGACAACGGAUUUGUUAAUCGUCCUCGGGUGGCGGGUCUCUACGUAAAGAAUCUUAGCAGAGAGGAGUUGGACAGUUUAGCGGAGGAAGGGAUUUACGGGCCAAAGGGUGAUCCAAGCGAUGAGAGAAGAAGAGACGGGGGUAGUCAAAGGAGUUUGAAUCUACCCGGUACGAGUCGGGAGUUCGAGGGACAUCAUCGUUAUCCCGUAGCAUAUACUUCUAGGACACCUCAACCACCUAGAAGAUCGGGGUUCGGUGUUAGAUAUCAUGAGAACGAAAGAAGACUCGAACAUCAUGGUUCCGUGCCAAUCGAGAGAGCUUGGUCCAGACGGGUUUUUGAGGAGGGCUCGAGGGUUCACGGCUCACCCGUACGAGAAUCAUUCGGUUCCGGUGAGAGUUGGAAAUCGGUUCACGGUGUACGCAGGGUCGAUUGCAAUUCACCAAGAGUUAGCAGCACCGCUGACCUACGGGGAAUCACGAUCGAGCCGAGAUCAUCCGGUUCUCGGAAUACGGAUUUGGUCUUUGAAAGGAGCCGCUCGAGGAGUCCCGAGGAACCGCCGGUUCCUCCUACAACCCGUAGGACGCGAACGAGGACGGACGAUCGGGAUUCGCCUAACAAUAAUAAGGGCCAAACGACUAGGCGCUCGCCCCCACCUUACGCGGGCUUGAGUCCACCUGAAUACACGGUUUACGACGAUUAUGAUUACGAGGAUGGCCUAUCCAGGCUUUUCCCGAGAUGCACAGGGAGAUCAUACGCCGAGAGUCCUCAGUACGAACAACCAAAGAUAACGAAUAUUACGGAUGGAGAAAUAUUAAUAGAUAAUGAAACGAUCGAAUCGAGCAGCAGGGAUAUGGUUAAGCCGGAGGAAAAUAUUCAAACCGAUACGAUGACGAGAAUUUCGCCGACGACGAAUGAUAAUAACAGUCCGACGUUGAAGGAAAACGAACAGGAGGUAUCAACGAGCCCAACGAAAAAGUCAGUAUCGAGGAUCCAGGAUAGUACGAGAUUGCGGCCGCCAUUGGCUGGUACGGCAGGUACAUCCGCGGAUUCUGGUACCGGUGAUUCCGGAAGUGCCGAGAUCCAAGCCGACACCAUGGGUACUCCAAGAGGUAGCACGACUAUACCACUUGAUACCAUUGUCGCUAACGUCGAAGGGAAAUCACCUGGCUCUAAAACACCUGGCAAGAACGUUAAACAAACGGUCAAACCAUUUACCAAAGAGAGCCUUGACAGGUUAGAAAAUCGAACGGUACAAUUGGUCAGAGAUUAUGGAUUUCAACCUAAAAGGAAGAUGUCGGUCGAAGACGGUGCCGUUCUCCCAAUGAAAUUCGAACCUUUCCCGACCGAACUUUAUGGCAGGCCACUCGAAGAAAUCGAUAACUUUAUAUACGACGAGACUUUCUGCGUGGUGUCGAAGAGAUUUCGAAAGAAUUACAUCCAUAGGUUCACCGCGACCAAUAGUUGGUUUAUAUUUUCCCCGUGGAAUCCUAUAAGACGGUGUUGCAUCUUCCUAAGUACUAAUCAGUACUUCGAUUACAUGGUUAUGGCCACCAUACUACUUAAUUGCGUCUUCCUGGCCAUGACCGAAACCGUUGAAGAAGCCGAAUAUAUCUUCCUAGCCAUAUACACGGCGGAAAUGGUGAUAAAAUCAAUAGCCAAGGGAUUUAUAUUGAACAAGUAUACCUAUCUAAGAAAUCCUUGGAAUUGGUUGGACUUUGUGGUGAUAACUAGCGGGUAUGCUACUAUCGGUAUGGACGUUGGAAAUCUGGCUGGCCUUAGGACAUUUAGAGUGUUGAGAGCAUUUAAGACUGUAUCCAUAAUGCCAGGCUUAAAGACUAUUAUUAACGCGCUCUUGCACAGCUUCAAGCAACUAGCCGAGGUAAUGACACUAACGAUCUUCUGCUUGAUGGUUUUUGCCCUAUUCGCUCUGCAAGUUUACAUGGGUGAACUUAGGAACAAAUGCGUGAAGCAUCAAGAACCGAACACCACCCAGAUCGAUUGGAUCGAGUGGACUUGGAACUCGUCCAAUUGGGCUUUCAACGAGUACGAAGAGCCAAUCAUCUGCGGCAAUGUAACCGGCGCCAGACACUGUAACGAGAGCUACACCUGCCUUUGCGUUGGCCCGAAUCCAAACCACGGUUACACCAACUUCGAUAACUUCUUGUGGUCCAUGCUAACCACGUUCCAGCUGAUUACGUUGGAUUAUUGGGAGGACGUCUAUAACAAGGUAUUGUCGGCGUGCGGACCUAUUAGCGUCUCGUUCUUCACGGUGGUCGUGUUUUUUGGUUCAUUUUACCUAAUCAAUUUGAUGUUAGCUGUCGUGGCACUGAGUUACGAGGAGGAAGCUGAAAUUACGAACGAGGAACGAAGGAAGGAUUUAACCGACCAUCGUGAGGACUCGACGUUUAGUUUCGACCCGACGAAAAUCAACAUUAAGACCCUCACUAAGGAGAAGCAAAAAAAGAUAGACGCAAGGAAGGGUGUAUUAUUAAGCAGUUACACGAGAAAGAAGACGAGAAGAAGAAAACGCGGUAGGAGUUCGGCGGGCCAAGAGAAAAAUGGUGGCGCACGUAGCAGGUCAGUUACACCAAGUCCAAGCCCAAGUCCAAGACACUCGAACGUCAGGCCGUCGCAUCUUCCAUUACAAAAUGUAACACCAAGGCCACCGGAAGCGAGUACAGUUCAUAGGUUAGCACCGAAUCGUGGUAUGUUACAUUCGAGACAGGCAAGUAACAACAGUAAUCAACAAUCAUCGUUGGAUGAUUCCGGUGUUGUUGAUGAUCACGAUGGGGACGACGUUACGUCCGCCGAGGAACACGAGAAACGUGAACAUCACCAAAGAGAACAUAGGGUAGAACGUCAGGAUAAGGAUAAGGAUAAGAAUCAGGAUCAGGAUCAAGAAGAGGAUCAAGGGGAUGAGGAAACUAAAAUAGAAGUCACUUCUUGUACCGAUUGUCAACCAGCACCUGUUACCGUUUCCGUUAAAACGAGUAGUCGAGAAAUCAGAGUUCUCAAGUGCAAUGGCGUCAAAACGAAGAAACAUAUGUACGCGCUGCCUCCAGAGUACCUGUCGCAUAUUGUAGUUUUAGACGAUCUUCCAGAUAGAAACUGCGAGAGGUGUAUUCAAUGUUGCGUAGACUACGAGGGAUGGUUACGUUUUCAAAAUUGUCUUUAUAAGGUCGUAAGAGAUCCGUUGUUCGAAUUGAUGAUCACCCUGUGUAUCGUAUUGAACACUGGUUUUCUUGCGAUGGAACAUCACGGAAUGAGCGAGUCAAUAAGACAGGCAUUGAACAUUGGGAACAAAGUGUUCACGAGUAUCUUCACGUUCGAAUGCUUUUUAAAAUUAUUAGCACUUAGCAAAGAUUUCUUCAACAACGGUUGGAACAAUUUCGAUUUGAUCAUAGUAUCAGCCUCGUUGAUCGAUUUGACCUUCGAAUUGGUCGAUGGUUUAUCAGUGAUAAGAGGUUUAAGAUUGUUGAGGGUAUUGAAAUUGGCACAGUCAUGGACAACGAUGAAGGUCCUAUUAAGUAUAAUAAUUUCAACGAUCGGAGCUUUGGGUAAUCUAACGUUUGUCCUUGUUAUCGUGAUAUAUAUAUUCGCGGUGAUAGGGAUGCAAUUGUUCAGCAAGGAUUAUACCUUGGACAAGUUUUAUCCGGAUCCUGUGCCACGUUGGAACUUCAACGAUUUCUUUCAUUCGUUCAUGAUGAUAUUUCGUAUAUUGUGCGGCGAAUGGAUCGAGCCAUUGUGGGAUUGUAUGCGUGCGGAAAAGGAGGACGGUCCUGGUACCUGUUUCGCCAUAUUUUUACCAGCCUUGGUUAUGGGCAAUUUCAUGGUACUCAAUUUGUUCUUGGCCUUGUUACUCAACAGCUUCAAUUCGGAGGAAUUGAAGCAAAAGAAGGAAGAAGUUGGGGAGGAUUCAAAGUUGGCGAGAUCGUUCGAUCGGAUACGUUCGAUCGUUAAAAAGAAAAAAUAUCGUAAGGAAAAUUCGGAGAACGAGAAGAACAUGAGAUUGGAGCAGAUAGUUCGCGAAGUUAUGGACAAGUCCGAUAAAGAGAAAUAUGCUAUACAAGAGACGGUGUUGAGCCUACCAAAAGACAAUAUUUACAACAGAUCCUAUCAGGAGAGUUUGAAUCAACCUGUAUUCACUUACGAACCGAUAUAUCGUCAAGCUACUUUGACCACUUACAGUCAGAGCAGUCAAGAAACUGUUAAAGAAAAUAAAAGGAUAAUCGAGAAGGACGAGACCAAUGAAACGAACGUUGAGGAAAGUAUAGAAAUGGAAGUAUUGAAGGAUCCUGGUAAAACGGACGAGGAAGUUGCUAUGUUACCGGAAGAAAAAUCAUCCUCUCAACCGGUACGUAGAGAAGAAAGAAUAGAGAAACGACCUUGGCACGCAUUGGUCAGUUACGUCGACGAAUUGACCGUUGGUGGUAGAAGAGAUAGCAAGGGUAGAUACAUUGACGGAAUGGGCUCCUUUCCUAUGUUUGGACGUAAUAAAGAGCCGAAGGAACCUCAGGAUUGUUUUCCCCAACAUUGUUAUCAAAAAUGUAGCUGUAUCAAUCGUUGCUUAGUAACCGACAUAGGAAGAAAGUGGAUAAGAAUACGUACGGUUGUACUUUCUGUGGUCGACACACCUGCCUUCGAAUGGAUGAUCUUAGUAUUGAUAUUUGCAUCCUCGAUUACACUUUGCUUCGAAGAUAUAUAUUUGGAUGACAAUCCAUUCCUGAAGAAAAUCCUUUAUUGGACCAAUCUAGCUUUCUGCGCUUUAUUCAGCAUCGAGAUGCUUUUAAAGUGGUUGGCAUUAGGAUUUUGUAAAUACUUCACCAGUUUCUGGACGAUCCUGGAUUUUAUAAUAGUUUUCGUAUCCAUGUUUAGUCUUUUGAUAGAAGAAAAUGAAAAUCUAAAGGUACUACGCUCGUUGAGAACGCUAAGAGCACUGAGGCCUUUAAGAGCGAUAUCAAGAUGGCAAGGCAUGAGGAUCGUAGUGAACGCGUUGAUGUAUGCGAUACCUAGUAUAUUCAACGUGCUCCUCGUCUGUCUCGUGUUCUGGCUUAUAUUUUCGAUAAUGGGCGUCCAAUUUUUUGGCGGUAAAUUCUUCAAAUGCGUCGACGAGUAUGGAGAAUUAUUGGACAUAUCGAUAGUAAAUACAAAGGACGACUGUCUGAAUAAAAAUUAUUCAUGGGAGAAUAGUAAGAUUACAUUCGACCACGUUGGUAUAGCUUACUUGGCACUCUUUCAAGUGGCAACGUUCGAAGGUUGGAUGGAAGUAAUGGAGGAUGCCGUUGAUGCAAGGGGUGUCGACCUACAACCCCAAAGGGAAGCUAAUCUUUACGCUUACCUUUAUUUCGUAAUAUUCAUCGUUUGCGGCUCCUUCUUCACAUUGAAUCUAUUCAUAGGAGUUAUUAUAGAUAAUUUCAACAUGUUAAAAAAGAAGUACGAAGGUGGCGUGCUAGAAAUGUUUUUGACCGAGAGUCAAAAACACUACUACACUGCCAUGAAAAAGCUCGGCCGUAAAAAGCCGCAAAAAGUAAUAAAACGUCCGAUCAACCAAUUCCUCGCAAUGUUCUACGACCUGUCCAAUUCCCGAAGAUUCGAAAUAGCAAUCUUCGUUUUGAUAUUUCUCAACAUGCUGACGAUGGGAAUCGAACAUUACAAUCAACCGCAUCCAAUAUUUUUCGUCUUAGAAGUGUCUAAUGCGUUCUUUACUACGGUGUUCGGUUUGGAAGCAAUAGUCAAGAUUAUUGGAUUACGUUAUCACUAUUUCACCGUACCGUGGAAUCUAUUCGAUUUCUUGCUCGUCUUAGCGUCUAUAUUGGGAAUACUUAUGGAAGAUAUCAUGAUGGACUUUCCCGUGUCCCCGACGCUCUUGCGGGUGGUGAGGGUGUUCAGAAUCGGUAGGAUCUUAAGGCUCAUUAAAGCCGCUAAGGGUAUUCGUAAACUUUUGUUUGCGUUGGUGGUCAGUCUUCCGGCAUUAUUCAACAUUGGAGCUUUACUUGCCUUGAUUACGUUCAUCUACGCCAUCAUUGGUAUGUCCGUAUUUGGACACGUCAGGAAACAAGGAGCUUUGGACGAUAUGGUAAACUUCGAAACGUUCGGCCGUAGCAUGCAAUUAUUAUUUCGUUUGAUGACAUCGGCCGGCUGGAACGACGUAUUGGAAUCAUUGAUGGUACAACCACCUGAUUGCGACCCAACCCCAACCAGUAGGAAAAUGAAUGGCGAUUGUGGUUAUCCGUUGUUGGCGAUAACGUACUUCACUUCUUUCAUCAUCAUCAGUUAUAUGAUCGUUAUCAAUAUGUACAUCGCUAUCAUUUUGGAAAACUUUAAUCAGGCUCAUCAGGAGGAAGAAAUUGGCAUCGUCGAGGAUGAUUUAGAAAUGUUUUACAUACGGUGGUCCAAAUACGAUCCGCAUGCAACCCAAUUCAUCAGUUUCUCACAAUUAAGCGACUUCAUAGCGAGCCUAGACCCACCUCUGGGAAUAUCAAAGCCCAAUGUCGUUGCGUUGGUAAGCUUUAAUCUUCCCAUCGCGAAGGGUAACAAGAUCCAUUGUCUGGACAUCCUGCACGCACUUGUCAAGCACGUUCUUGGACACGUUGAAGAAUCCGACGAUUUUCGUAAGCUUCAAGAACAAAUGGACGUUAAGUUCAAGAAGCAAUUCCCAACUAGAAAGGAAUUGGAAAUAGUGUCUUCCACGAGAAUUUGGAAACGACAGGAUAAGGCUGCUAGGCUUAUUCAACGUACGAUUAGAGAAUAUAUCGCAAUGAAGAAGGAACGAGAAAGGAUUGCUCAAGAAGUGGAUUCGCAAACGCAAACAUCGAGUCCUGGUGGUGUUGGGAGCGAUGGUAGGGGCGGGGGUGGGUGGGGUGGAAAGCUGUCGGCCCUGCUGCACGUACACAGAGGUAGCCGGGCCAGUAGCCGCAAGUCCUCCAGGGCCAGCGACGCCAGCGAUCUCAGUGAGCUCGGGACAGCAUCAGCUUGGCUAUUUCCAAAUCUACCUUUGCUGUUGCUCUCCGGCGCCACGGGAACCCACGAGGACCUGCAACCCCCCGCCCUCACCGUGUCCCGUCCCUCACCGACCACGGAACAACCAUCGGCUGCAUCGAGUUCUGGAUCUGAUUCACAUGUUACCGUUAGAUCGGUCGGUGCGACGUUGGGCCGUCAGGACGCCGUGGAAACAUAUCCAGACGAAGACGUCCUGAGUCCGCCGAGUUCGAAACGAAGUUCACUACGUACCAGCGGUACGACAUUGUCCCUGAACACUCUCCAACGGGACAUUAAGGAGGCCUUCAAUCGUCGUUGCAGUAGUCUUCGACGACGUCCACUAGCAGUACCAUUGACAACAACAACCACAGCAACAGCAACAGCAACCGGAACAACAACAACAACAACAACAAUAUUACCAGAACCCGUAUCACUUCCUAUAGCUGACGGAAGUGACGUCAGUAUAUUGGUGACCGAGCCUAGCCCAGAAAAUUCAGCGCCGCCAUUGUCCAGGCCACCGUUGAUAAGACAACAAUCGGAGGCAACGGUUGUUCACGUACUUGUACACAGAGAAAGCGAGGAGUAUAAAGAUCAGCAAGACGACAGCUGAUGAUCCUAAAUAAUCGAUUGAGAACUUGGGCCUGAGUCCCUCUUUGAUUUUUAUCAGGGAAGGGGGAAAGAAGGAUAAGGAUGAACUUUUAAUUAGAAGGAAUAGAG